AUGGAAGAUAGCUUGGAGGAUUGCAUUUGGGGUAAGUCCGAUUGGAAUGCAUAUAUUGAGAAACUGGUUCGAGCAGUUAAAAUUGAUGAAGAAGCUCUUUUGGGGAAAAUUGAUGUUGUUAAAGAAAAUAUUGGUCGACAGAUCCGGGAAGCUGUUGAGCAACAUCAUCCUCGUUUGGUGGAACAGGCAAGCGCUCUGCAAAAUUUGGAUCGUGUACAAACAACUAUAAACCAUGGGAUGUCUCAUCUUUACAAAAAAUGUAAAGAACUGGGUGAAAGAUUCCAAUUUGAAUAUGAAAAGUUAUGUCAUACAUCAAGUAGACUUGAACAGCUGUAUGCAUUAAGGCGGACUUUGGCAUCAGCUAACAGAUGCCAACAGUUAGUUGGGAAACUUGGAAAUACAAACGAAUUGGUAAAACGCUCCGAAAUAAUUUGCCAAUUAGAAGCAAUUACAACUGAGAUGCCAUCUUUGAAAGAUUUGAGCAGUACGCGUGAAAUGGUCUUAGUUUUGAUACCAAAACUAAUUGCUGAAGCCAGACAAAACACAGCCAGUCAUCUAAGAUCUUCGCUUGAAAGUCUCAGUGCACCACUUGUUUCUUCUUGCAUUCAAGCACUGAAUAAUCUAUCUUUAUAUGAAUCUGAAAUCAGUCGCCUUUUAGAUGAUAAUAUCAAAAGCCUAGAUAAUCAGCUUUUACAGCUUAAUAGUAGCACUGUAAUGGCAGCAAAACUUCUUCCUCAGAUAGCAAAUCAGAUUCAGAUGUUACUGGAGCAAUAUUCUUUGUUAAGCGCGGAAAUUAUUGUAGAAUUCUGUGAAAGGCUUGCAAAAGUCAUUUCAAGACGUGUUUCUGAAAACGCUUCAUAUGCUACUCGUUUUGUACAUCAUCUGUCCAAAAUCGUAUCUAUGUAUCCCGCUAGAACUAUGCAACCAUUGGAUCAAAGUCUUCGGCCUCUACGCAGAGCUAUAUUGUCUCAUUCUCUUAAUAGAAUGUUUAAAGCAGUUGACAACGCUUUUGAAGAAAAUAAUCUAGUGAAUUUUUCUGUGGAGAGAAUUGAUUCCGCUAUUAAAGAGGAACUGGGAGGUGUGGAAUGGGAUGUGCAGCUGAACAAAGAAAUGGAGACGAAUGUGGCGAAAGUGCUGCAGUAUGUUGCACAAAAGAUUGAGCAGCAUCUUAUCUUGGAUUUGUCUACGCUUCAAAUGAGUGAGCGACUUAGCACUGCGCAGGUGCAAAAUUAUGCUUUAGUCUCUGUGGCCCACAUAUUAAGUUUAUCUUGGCCGGAGCACAACGAAUCUCUAAUACGAAUCUCUCAACAAGUUCGAGAAGCGCUAAUGGAUGUGGCACGUUCAUCUGUUUUCACGAUCUUGUUAUCAAUGCACUACGAAAAGUUAGGUGACCCUUCUCCAUAUGUGAAGGAACUUUGCAACUAUCUUCGGAUUUUGCAGUCGCACUCAUCUUUUUUGAAGUUUGCUGGUUUUGAAGAAGUUUUCAGUUCGUUUUUGGACUAUGUGAUUGAGUUAUUUUUGAUGAAUUCAUCGCUUCUGCGACCUCUUUGUUCAGAUCAGCUUUCACGUUUAUCUUUUGAUUUGCAAUAUAUUGCCGAUCAUGGACUUUCGUUAUACAGUGUUCCGUCUUCUCUUAUGCCUGCUAUACCCCAAUUUGUUGACGCUUUCAAGCUGUCCGCAGAGCAGCUAGCGCAAUCGGAAUCAUUGCCUUUUUGGUUUGUUGUACAGUUGUUGAUAAGUAUGAGUGAGGAAUCGCUAUUGUCGCCGCAUAUAUCAGCCGAUUGGUCAUUGGAAGAAUAUUUAAAAUGGUGUUUGGGUCACGGUGCAGCAGAUCGUUUGGAUUUCUUGUCAUCUCUUAUGCGUUCCUAUAUUUCAUCUGUUAUCUCAUCUAGCCGUACCGAGUAUGUCACCAAUUAUCCUUUAAUUAUGAACGUUCUGCAAAAGAUUGCCUCCAGGAGCUGA